CACACAUGCCGUGCAGCUGUGCAAGUGCUGCUGUUCAUGGUUAUUGCUCGCGAUGCAGAAGAUGAAAGAUCUGUGAUUAAGAGAAAAACAUAUUCUAAACAGAUAUUUAUUUGAAAUAAACAUCCACAGCUGUAGUUUUCAGUUAAUUAAGUGCUGCCAACUUAAAAAUGAAAACACAAAUUCUGUAAAUAUCCAAGUAAACAUGUCUGAGGUUGUGGAGUUGCUGUUUUUCGAUACAUUUGCCCACGAAAAUAGCGAAGAAUUAAACUUGGAUUUGGUGCAAUUUCCGAAACCCGUUUAUGUGACUGAAGUACGAAUAAUACCACUCGGUGCCCGUGUGCAAGCCGAUUUUCCGGGUGGCGUGCGAUUAGGCGCAACAAAUCCCAGCCAGUUUCAAAUAGAAUUCUUUGUGAAUGAUUUGGGCAAACCAGGAGCUAGCACUUUUGAAACACUAGGUGGUUUUGAGUACAAUCAGAAUGAUUGCAUUAAUUUGGAUGUUGCCGCAGAUGAUUCAAUCCGAAAGAUUCCUACUGAUGGUUUAGUUCUGAGAGGAUGGUACACUACUAUUACUUUGGCUGUUUAUGGAACAUUAACAGUCAAAAUACCUGAACCUACCACACCACCAGUUCCCUCUCAAUCUUUAUCACAAUCAGGACAAACAAAUGAGAUUCAGUCUAUUAUAACACAUAACAAUGUAAAAGCUGAUUGGCAGGAACCAGUACAAAAUAUUGUACCUAUUGAAUAUAGCCAACAGCCGGCAACGCAAUAUCCGCGCCAAUUUAGUGGCAAUGAGACAUAUAAUCAAGCACAGGAAUAUAAUGAGUUCUAUGAAGCACCUCCAAAAGAUCCAAGGAGUUAUCAUCACACACCUGAAACUGAAUGGGAUGGGAAGAAUCAGAGACCUGGGGAGAAGGAGCGAGAACGUGACAGGGACACGAGAGAUCGCAGAGAUUCUAACUUCCAGAAAAAUGAGGAACAUGAUGCUCAUCCCGAACAUCGCGACAGAGAAAGAGAACGUGAACGGGAUCGUGAUCGUGAACGCGAUAGAGACCGAGAUCGCGAUCGUGACAGAGACAGGGAUCGAGAACGAGACCGUGAGCGAGACCGCGAUCGCGAGCGACGUUUCUCCAGAUCACACAGCCGCGAUCGCAGCAAUCGCGACUUCAGAGAGGUAAGUAGAGACAAAGACUCGAGAGAUGCGAGAGAUUGGGAUCGGGAUGCAGACCGAAAGGACUGGGAUCGUGAUAAGGAUCGUUAUAAACACCAGGAUUACAGGCGAUACAGCGAUAGAGAUGCUCGCGACACUCGUGAAUCUAGAGAUUCACGUGAUUCAAGGGACUCUCGGGACAAUCGCGAACCAAGAGAAGAACCGCGGAAGCGUCCACGAACGCCACCGAUUCAGUCGCCAAAAAGACCGCACACUCCGCAAAGUGAUAGAAAAGAAUCACCCGCAAAGGACGAAAAACCGCCAGUUUUGUCUGAGCUGGAUGAAAAACGCGAAACGCGCGAAAUUCGUGAAUCUCGCGAGACCAGAGAAUCGCGUGACAGUCGUGAUUCACGUGAACCCCGAGAAACACGCGAGCCUAGAGAACCUAAAGAAGUUCUUGAACAUGCAAGGAUUGAAGAGAAAGCACCAGAGGAACCGAUGGAUGUAGAAGAGUUUGAGCCAAUUCUUAGUGAUGAAGAUAUCGUUGAUGAUCCGGAAACUUUCCAAGAGGACUACGAUUACAGUGCGUAUACAAACAAUGAUGAUUUGAUUAAAAUAUUUACACCGGGCAGCACGCCGCUGCAAAAGUAUGAACCAAGACAACUUUACUUCAUUGAUGGCAAUAAUUUGAUAUGCAACGAGUAUUUACGGAACGUGAUUGGUAUUGUUGAUGAUUUCUUUAAAUCUAGCAUCACACAAUACGCGCCUGGUUGCUUCGAGCAGCUCAACGAGGGUAUUAAAGAAGAGUUUAUUCAUUUAACUGAAAAGGUGACGGCUAUGUUUGAAGAUGUUCGCGUAUUUUGCACUAUAUUCGAUGUUUACGAAAAGAAAGACGAGUAUACUAUAGAUACGGAAACGGUAAAUCAAAUUGAAAACAUUUUAACUACGUUUAUCAAUUGGCUAGAAAUUGCUUUGGAUUACAAUAUGGCAAAUGUGCAUGAAAAGCCUGCUUAUAAGAUACGACACAUCAAAUGCGGUGUUCGACUUGCUGACCUGGCUUGCGAAAGUGAAUCAUUCAUAAGGCACUUGUGGCAGCGUAAAUAUUUUAUUCAUGAUGUUCUCCUUUCUCUCUAUGAACGUGAAUAUAUGGCGUUGUCGAUUAAGUUGAUGAUUCUCAAAGCGCUUGAUAAUUAUUUGCUGAAGAAGCCAAUGAUUGAAGCAUUUGUAAUGGGAAUUAAAUCUCCAGAUGAACAGAAUGGAUAUCAUGAUUUGUUACCAUUGGAGGAGCGCAGUGGUUACAGGAAAAUAGUUGACAUGAUUCAAUUGAAUCCACCAGUGCGUUCGAAGUUUGCGCUGAAUUCGAUUUUAAAGAAGCUUAACAUUUUUGACGUGCUGCAUAAGUUACGCAUUGAAGUAAUGGGUUUGUGUCGCAAUGAAAAGGUUUUAACCGAUGAAGAAGUCAUGUUUAUUGCCACUUCUUUAGAACUGAUUUUACAAACUAUUCAUUCUGGAUCGUUUCUUUUGCAACAGCCGAAGAGAUUUUUACCGGUAAUCGCGCAAUUUGAGAUAAUUCGCGAUGAGUUUGACAUGAAAGAUCCUUUAAUUGAAUUGUUUAAAAUGCAGAAUUUUAUUGAGAUUCUCUUGGUGCUAUUGACCAAUUUGGGAACAACAGCGAAUAACAACAUUAAAGGCAAUAUAUUCGAAAUUAUAGAUCACUUGGUUUCCACACAGUUUGGACUGGAAUAUUUAUACGACAAUCCACAAAGCGUUAAUUUAUUAGUGAAAAUAUUACUACAAGGUGAAGAAGAACAGUUUCACCCAGACACAUUGAAUUCCCAUCAUCUAGGUAUAAAGCUAGCAUACAAAUUGCAAGCUUUAUAUCUUCUAUCACAUUUGGCAGAUAAAAAACACGAUUGUGAUCACUUUGAAGUGAACGAUCAUCUUCACGCACUGUUUUGUCUUACAUUUUCAAAUGCAGGCAAGAUGGCGGUUGCGGAAGUCUUGGGCUAUGGAAGUAAUUUGCAAAUUUGUCUGCAUUAUGUCCGUCCGGAGAUUUUGCCCAAAGUGCGCAAGAGUCCAGGAGUUGCUUAUAUUCUCGACCUGCUUGCAUUGGCGAUUGUCUUAUUGCCGAAUAUUCCAAUGUUGGAAAUUCACCGACGUCAGUUGAUGGAACUUCUCAGUCAGCAGGAUAUAAUGUACGAAGCAAAUGACAAGCGUUUGAUAUCAAGAAUGAAUGAAAUUGGCGUGUACAUGAGGCCCUUUGAACAAUACAAUGGCAAUUUUGAUGUGAUUCAAUUAGUCGAGCAUAUAAACAAAAGUAUCGGUACUAUUACUACUGCUCCAGCUAAUAUUAUAUCUCAUUUGAGAAUUCUGGAAUAUUUAGGCAUUUCAAAACAUCGUAAUAAAGGACUGCAACAGGAUAAUCCACUGAAUAACUUCAUAGAGUUAAAAUAUAAACAUGUGAUUAUUCAAUUAUUCACAUUGGAUGCGGUGAAUAUGCUGGGGCAAGUACUGCAAGAAAUUUGUUAUUAUUAUGAGCAGCCAUCACUUCAUUUGGCGGCGUUUGUAUCGAGUACUGGAUUGUUACUGGUCAAUAUAAUGGCACCCUGUGUAGCGCUCAUAAAACAAACGCUGACUUACGUUGUGCAGUGUAGAAAUACACAAUUUAAAGAUUUAACUGCAGUGCCGAUACUCUUGCAAACUUUUAAUCUGUGUCAAUCAUAUCCAGCCACCGCUCUGGGAUUUACUCAAGCAAGAAAAAUAUGCACGGAGAUCAUCGAGACAUUACUUGUAUAUACUAUGCCAGUUUCUGAUGAAAUUAACGAGAAAGAUUCAUUGAACAAAGGUUUGUGGACGUUAUUAUGCGCGGAAAUUUUCAAGUACACAUUAUCGGCACCGUAUACCUUCAUCGCGGGACUUUCAGUGUUUUCUGAAUUGCUGCCGCUUCCAUUACCUAUGCAAAGCUUGGAAGAACUAAGCGAAGAGGAAAUUGUUUGGGCUAUUAAUCUGCGUAAACUUUGGUCGGCUCAUUUGCACUGCCACUCGACAACUAUACAAGACCUGGUCGGAAAAUUAUGCACAACGAGUCAUCAGGUUUUGUUGAAUUUACUUCGUAAAGUGUGCGCGCAAAUUGCGGACUUGGCAUCGAAUUCAGCGCUGAUGAUAGCCCGCGGUGUGUUGGACAAUGUACACAGUGCGAUUGUAAUCGGAGAUGAUGUUCCGAAACUUGUGUGUAAUGGCCAUAUAGCGCGACUUAUGAAUUUCCUUGCUUGUUUAGUCACGCACAACUGUCUUAAAGCCACUGUUUUGCAUCUUCUGGCUAAUACGAAUGGCACCAAGGGUGAUGAAAAAUACUGCGCUAUUAUAAACGCGUUUGCACAAAUUCUAAGAAGCACUAGUAACAUCACCUCUCACGUAUCGACACAGGAAUGUAUUUUAAGUAUUGUGCAAAGUUUCUGCGACACGGAGAUAACAAUGUAUCAAAAUGCAUCGGACAGUGCAACUAGUGGUGAUAUUUAUCUCGCUAAUGCUUUGCCCACUAAGGAAUAUCUCGGAGUGUUUUUGAACACAAUUAUAGAUCAUAUCAACGGGGACAAUUCGUUUAUGACUUAUUUGCCAGUGUUGCGGAUAUUGUUAUUUUUAACUGAACAUGAUUACGGUUUUUAUCAUUUGCGCGAGUGCCUCCUGAAAGAACGUAAAAGUGCGCCGUUUGCGUUAUUGCUGAGUAAACUUGAUCAAAACUUUUCAAAAGAUAACGCUGACUGUCUCACCACUCUAAGUACAUUGAUCGAGUUUUUACGCGUGUGUACUGAAGAAGAAAAUGCUACGGAUUUGCCAUUCACACCGCGCAAAAUGAAGAUGACAAUUGCCGAAAUACAGAGCACAAUCGGCUGGCAGGAGGACAACACCAACGAUGAACAUUUAUUUGUCAAAGUCGUGGAGAAACUCAAAGAAUUUCAGGUCGAUGAUAAUUCAUUUGAUAGACUGCUGGAAAGUGUGCAGCAAAUGAUAACAAUGCUUCAAGGUACGAGUGUGAAAAGCGAAGAAAUCGCAGAACCACUUCUGCCUGCUCCUGAAUCAUUGGUUACGCAGUUUGCCAGUCGUUCGGUGUUCACAUCAAGUGAUGUAGUGGAUGAGAGACUAACUGCAGCGUUCUGGCUUACCGCAGUAGUUGAUGAAAACGAAACUGGUGAUUCUGAACAUGUCACUUGCGAUCUGAUAGACAUAUGUAGGCAAGACUUGUCCAGCGAUGUGAAUUUAAUAAAGCAGGUGGAGAAAUUGUGCAGGGUGUGCGUGACUGAAUCGAGUGCUGGAUUAGUUGAAAAAGAGAAGAGAAACACUCAGAAUGACAAGAUGAAACGACCAUUUGUUGCAUCAAUGCGUGGUCGUGGCUUCCAACGUGCAAUACAAGUACGUUCCGAUCUCUUCCGUUCCCGUCCUCCAAAUACGUCACGUCCGCCAUCUUUGCACGUGGAUGAUUUCGUAGCAUUAGAAACAUGCGGUGCACAGCCUACAGGUCCUACUGGAUACAAUAAAAUCAGCAGAGAACUUCUGGCUACAAGUCGGAUGACAAGAAGCACUCGUGGCAGGUCUUUUGUAGCAUCCGAACGCUCCGGCCCUUACAGGCAAAUGUCUUGGUGGGGUCCAAGGAUGCAUUAUUAACAAUUAAAGGUGAAAUCUAUUUCGAAUUCACUUUGAACAUUUAUUGUAUUAAGAAUAUAACUUAAGACAAUUCAAUCUUAAAUAACUAUGAACGAUGA